CUUGAUUCCCUGCUGUACCCUCUGCGUACCGACUCACCGGUUCACCUGACCUUGGCGACCUCGUACCUUGGAUCUCAAAGCAUCAUGUCCACCGCAGCACGCCGCCGCUUGAUGCGUGACUUCAAGGUACGCCACCAUGACGCGGAGCUAGCUGCGACCUCAGCGAGAGCCUUGACGAAGGUCCCAAGCUAACAGAACUCAGCGCAUGCAAACUGAUCCUCCUGCUGGUGUAUCCGCCUCUCCUAUAGCCGACAAUGUUAUGACUUGGUACGAUUCACUGCAACCCGCCCCGCACGCGACACCUGGACCCCUCGGUCUGCAUUGCCCUUGAGCUCCUGAAUAUCACAACCACGACCCUAUGCUUUCUGGAAACAGGCUUGCUAACUGUCGAGCAGGAACGCGGUCAUCAUAGGUCCCGCCGACACACCGUUCGAAGAUGGCACCUUUCGCCUCGUCAUGCAUUUCGAAGAAGCUUACCCGAACAAGCCCCCUGGCGUGAAGUUCAUCAGUCAGAUGUUCCACCCGAAUGUAUACGGCACAGGCGAGCUAUGCUUGGACAUCCUUCAGAACAGGUGGUCACCGACGUACGACGUGGCAGCUAUCUUGACAAGUAUUCAGAGUCUAUUGAACGACCCUAACACAUCUUCGCCGGCAAACGUAGAAGCGUCCAAUCUGUACAAAGAGAACCGGAAAGAGUACACAAAGCGCGUGCGGGAGACAGUCGAGAAGAGCUGGGAUGACUGAUCUUGCGUGGACGGACAAUGACAUGUUAACAUGAUACGCAUGGACAGGGAGUUUAUAUGGACCGGCAUCGGUUGGAAUGAGUUUUGGAGUUUGUAGGCGUCGGCAUAAGGUCUAUUACAGCGAGGCGUUUUGGGCUACUGCAACUCUACCUUGUGGCAGACUCAUAAUCGAAUUGGAUCCUCUUCUAUUGGUGCAUUACCCAGCAUAUUGGGCAGACUUGCACGAGCAUAUAUUUAGCAACAUCGGCCACGUAGUAAGGGGCGUUGGAGCUGGUCCCAUGGUAACUAUCAUUCUAGCCACCAGGAAACACCGCAAGAGAACUGUCG